UCAUUCACCAUCAUCUUCGCCCUCUUCCCCAAUCUCUAAACCAUACCUCUUUCCUCCAUUGAAUUCCCAGACAGAAACGAAAACCCCACAAUGUCCAUUGACCCAAUAAGCCCGUGAUUAUUUUUUUUUUAAUAAAAACCUCCACUUUUUCUUCCUUUGAAGAUCAAUUCUUCAGGUUCAUCUGGGUCUGGCUUCUUAACGAAGACCAGUUUUUUUUUCCACUCUUGUUUCCAAAUUCCAGAUCUUGUCGAUAUUUCUUAAAUGGGUUUGUGAUAUCUUUGCAAGUUUUUGAUCCUUUUGUCAAUCUUUGAGAUAAAGUUCCUUCUUUUGGUUCGUUGGGGUCUAGCUGAAUGACUGCAGUAGCAAUGAAUUCACACCUGUUUCGCGUAAUCUGCAUACUCCAUUCGAUUAUCGCCCUUACUAGUGGAACCCUGAUGAUGUUCUACACAGAGAAAGCUUCUAUCUUUGGCCAUGGAAGUGACAUUGCGAGCAAGCUGAAAGGAUCAACGCCACACGAUGAUCUCCUCAUCCAGAUUUCCCAGUCCUUCUCCGGGUUGCUUCUGUUCGCCAUAGGGUUAGUUCUGUUCUUGGUGUCGUUCGUCACGGACAGAGAUUUCCAUGGCUUCUUUGCCAAAGGUUGUGCGGUUCUCUAUGUGCUGAUGGCUAUUUGGAGAGUCUCGUUCGAAAGGAAGCUCGAAGAUCUUGCGUAUGAAUGGCCCAAACAAGCCCUUGGAGACAUAGCUCUUGCUGUGUCUUGGGUUUUCUUUCUUGUCUGUACUUGGAGGGAGAAGUAUGAUUGAUGUAUCAACCUUGUGGUCUAAAGGAAAGAGAUCGAUUCAAAAAUGAGAUCUGGCACUCACAUCAAUGGAUCAGAUCGUGUGAUGAUCUAGCCACGUUUCGAGUUCAUAGAUCCAGAGAAUCAAAGAUCAGAAAAAAAAACAGUGUUUGGAAUCUGUAAAUCUUCCCACCAAGUGAUGGUGAAUGAAUUGUGGGAAUCUCAGAAACUGAAGUGAUGGAUCAUCAUAUGAGUUUGGUGGGUUUUCCCAUACUAGUUUAACUAAAGAUCACGUGUUGGAAUCUUUGAGCAAUGUUUGGAACAGAACUGAAAGCGGAUAAAGCAUGAUGCCACUUUCUUUCAUUUGCCCUGUCCCUUCAUUCAUAAACUGAUUCAUGAUUCGGCCAGUAAUUACUUGAUUUCUGGGUGUUAGUUCUUAUUUCUAUUGAAUCCGUAGUCGUAACGAAGCUUGUAGAUUCUCUCUGCAAUACCAUCCCAAGAUAUUUUUAUGAAGAUCUCGUGAUUCAACAAGCCUAUGAAGAUUGAAGAUAGAUGCAAAGCUUUUUUUUUUUUUUUGGGAGCUGUCUUAUCUUGUUCGCAUUAAGACAAAACUGUUACGUGAAAAGUUACUAUUAUUUCGGUCUUGUCAGUUUCUCAUGUUGCAUUGUCAUUAUCUUUGACUUCUGGUCUAAUUCAUAGUUUUUUUUUUAUAAUCGGGUGAUUCGAAGUCCAAACGUCCAGACUAAUUCCGACCCACACGUAUGAUCCUGCAACAUACACGUGGGAUGUGAAACAUCCGAAAUUUACAGGAAGGGUUCUCAAACGUUGGGGGAUUCCCCAUAGUUUCCUUAUGGACUACAUGUAAUAUUAAUGUCCACACGGUAUUCAAAAUUUAGAUACCCAAUAAUUCAGAAUCAAAUUCCGAAACUGAAUACCUCUAAAAUCCGGGAUACCGAAUCUACAGCUAGAUGUGGAGGGAUCUUGUGAAUCUUCCCGCUCCCGGCCCUUCUUCUUUCAUAGAAGGUUGGGGCCUUGUUUGGCCCAAAUAGCCCAAAACUCGGCCCACUAACGUAUUCGCUGCCAUUCCAAGGUUUCUGGCGAGUGGGAACUUUUCUUUGCUCAUUCCCACUUUGGUCUCUUUGUUCCUCGAUUCUCUUUCUGCGAAAAUCGCUCAAAGUUCAAUCCUUUUUUAUUCCUUCAAUUUUUCUGUCAUUUUUUUUGCAGGAGAUAAUCAGUGUUUGCAUGAAUGAGAAGAGAGAAAACAGGAGACAUACUAUAUAAUAUGUUGUAUUCAACCACAAGGGGCCAUAGCCGUUACAUUACAAGACACCAUGGAUGCUGACGACACACACACGGACGGAGACAGAGACACUGACAGACGCAGACGCGAGA